AUGGAUGUGACCGCGGGCGACAAGCCCGAGGAGGCACUCUCCUAUGUUAUUGCGAUAGACGAGAAAACCGACGAGCGCCCGCCCUCCUACAAACAGGUCAAUGAGAUCGCGCUUGGGCUGCCCAAUUUGAAUUUUGGCGAGACACACUCCGAUUCACUGCCUGUCUCUCCAGACCAGUGCGUUGCUCAUUUGAAGUUUCUUGCCGUUCUGGAGGAUCUACGAUGGCGUGUCUCAAAUAAAAAUGGUAUCUUUGGAAUCUACGAUUCCGAAGCUGAAAGGUUUCCUGCUUCAACCAACGAAGCUCUUGUUCGUAUUCGCGAGAAGCGUUGGGCCGUCUAUACGGCACGCGCGGUUGAACGGUACACAAAAUGGUGGUUUGAUCUCCUCCCCAUAUCGCGACCGCAAGUCACUAUGAGAGAUUUGGAGAAUCCCGAAUACGAGAGGAGUAUUAUUGAUUGUGACACACGCAUCUUAUGGACAGCGGAUAAUGUGCCACCGCUUGACAUUUUGAUGAUAUGGCACUCUCACAUGCUCCACCCUCGAGACUUCCUUGAGGACUGUAUCCGCUACGGAAAAUUGAGCGCCUGGAGCACAGGAUUCCCUUUCGAGGCCGUGAACAACUGCAUUGAUAAUCGAAUGCUAGAAUACAAACCAUCCGAGGCUUGUCAACAGGCAUUUGAGCGACAUAUUAAGCUAAGGUGGGACAAUCUUGAUGAUUCGCCUAGCAAAGAGCUCGCAUGCCCUCGCUGUAGUAAGCCCAACGAAGUACCCUGGACGAAAGGUGGGAUUGGACAUUCUCUCAAGGAAGCUUUCAAAAAGAACACCGGCAUAGCCGACGCCUCAUUUAAGACGAGAUGCAACAACUGUAGGUUCACCAUCAACCACAGCCGACUUAUGGUGGCCAAGUUCCGUCAGGAUGUUAGCGAUCUCUUGACAGCAAACCAUCCUAUGCCGGGAUCGAUCUGCAAUAUUGACGGUAUUCCCCAAGGCCGUCAGAACGUGCGCAAUCCGCAGUACUGGAACAAUAUGACUUUCCCAAGUCGGUUGGUACAGGCUGUAGGAAACGACAUGCUUAUAUUUACUGACCCUUGCGGAAACUGGUGCAAGAAUAUCGAUGAUCUUCGCACCCAGAUGGAAGUCACGGUUCGCGACAGAAAUGCCUUGACGGCGGCAAAAGGUAAAUUCCAAAGCCUCUCUCCUGGCGAGAGGGAGCACUUCCGACGCAUGAUGUCCCACUAUUGGGGCAAUACCAGUUACUUCGCGCUCGACUUAGUUGGCGCUGUGAUCGGCCAGGGAACCUUCAUCCAGAAUAUGGUCAACAUCGACUGGCUGCACUCGCCGACCGUGAUGGAAACUAGCAGACGCUUGACCAAAAAAUACAAGAUUUUCAUUGAUAUCAAACUUGAAAACCCGCUGAAAACAGCCGUUCCGACGAUGGAUGUUGGCCUAGCCUGGCUCACACACCAGCUUCAGCCGAGAAAGUACUACAAAUACACGACCAAGGGGGUAUGUCGUGGUUGUCGCCAGCUCAUUGACCAUGAUUACACACCUAGAGAGUGCAAUAUCUCUGAAAGCUUUGAAUGGACCAGUGAAAUGUAUUAUCGCGCUACCAACGGCGGCAUAUACAGUGAAUGCAGCUGCUGGUACUGCGAAGCCAAACGCGCACCGGGUCCGUGA